UCAGAUUUCUGGGCUCUGAAAACGGUCUCGGGAGCCUCUCGUCGUCUGCGUUUGUUGUGAAAACCCUAACCUGCUGCGAUCUUCCUCUCUUCGAGAUGGGGAAAACACGUGGAAUGGGUGCUGGGCGCAAGCUGAAGACACACAGAAGGAAUCAAAGGUGGGCUGAUAAGUCAUACAAGAAAAGCCACCUUGGCAAUGAGUGGAAGAAGCCAUUUGCUGGUUCUUCUCAUGCCAAAGGCAUCGUCUUAGAGAAAAUAGGCAUUGAAGCCAAACAACCUAACUCUGCCAUCCGAAAGUGCGCUCGAGUUCAACUAAUCAAGAAUGGGAAGAAGAUCGCCGCCUUUGUUCCCAACGAUGGUUGCCUAAACUUCAUCGAGGAAAAUGACGAAGUUUUGAUUGCAGGAUUCGGGCGGAAGGGGCAUGCUGUAGGAGAUAUCCCUGGAGUUCGCUUCAAGGUUGUGAAGGUCUCAGGUGUCUCUUUGCUGGCUCUGUUCAAGGAGAAGAAAGAGAAACCUAGAUCCUAAAGACUUAAUUUUGAACUGAAUCUGGUCCUGCAUGCAGGCAAGUCAGGCAUAAAUGCUAAUGCACUUUGUGAAAUGAACUUUGUAAUUUUCGAAUUAUAUUUGUUUUCUUGGUUGCUGCUUCUACAGGAUAAUAUUAUCCAGGCAAGGCUAUUAUUUUGUUUA